AUGCGUGCGUCGGACACUCUCGUUGCGGCUUUCGCAUGUCUGGCUCAGAUUGGCAUUGCUGAAGCAACUUUGUCUUUCACGCAAUGGCCAGCGGUCAUCCGUACUGGGCAGCCGACCACUCUGAAGUGGCAGACGGACUCGGAUGCUCCCGUGACUGUCACACUCCGAAGAGGUGCUGCCCAGGACCUUGACACCGUCCAGAUCCUGUCGAACAAUGCCCAAGGUGGCUCCUUCACCUGGAUCCCGGAUUCCACGAUUGAGAACGGCGAUGACUAUGCCUUCCAGAUCGAGCAGAACGGCUACGUGAACUACUCGGGACUGUUGCAAGUCACGGACGGGUCCGACCGGAGCCCAACCACCACUGCGGUGUCGACUCCGAGCCCCCGGCCAUUCACGCUGUCGGCAUUUUUGACCACUCCAGCACCAAGCACAAGCAUUAGGCAAAGCACCCCAACUUCGUACCCCACCGACACGGCGCCCCACGAUGACAUGCAGACCGUCCAGAAGGGCAAUAAUGGCCAGACCUUCACUGUGAAUGCUGCAGACAGCGACCCCAACUCUACCCCCGCAGGAGUGUCUAACAGUAAAACUGCUAUGGCUGCCUACGUGCAAAGCGGCGCUGCUUCUGUCCGCACGAUGGGAAUGGGCGUGGUGAUUGGUGCCUUCGCCAUGGUCCUCUAUCUUGUCUAGUGUGACUCCAACGAGGUAUCUUGGUGAAGAUCAAUGGACCAUUUUUCUUCAUUGGUGGUGGAUUUUAUUUCAAUGUGCUCUCUGACUUUAUCACCCUGAUUCACAUCAACUCGCAGGGGACAGAGCGGUGUUGGAAGGACUCUGGUGGGCAUCAGGGGGCGACAGGCGUUGGGU